AUGAUCACAGGCCAUUUCACCCGCAUUCUUAAUAUAUUGAAGAAAUGGCUUUCACGACUUGCACGUCGCUCUGCGAGUUUAUUCUUCGUUGUCUUGUCUUCACUGCGUCGCUUUGUAGCAGGUCAUUUAAAGUUCGGUGAUCGGAGAUUGAUCACUCGUUCUUCAAGCGGGGUGCUCCCACGAUCUCAAGAGGAUAUCGGAGGAGAGGGUUCACCCAUUUGCCCGAGUCUUCUGCCGCCCGGUCAAACGGGGCGGGAAGCUACGGAGGAGCCUCCAUCGCCUUCAGACGAACCUUACACAGGAUCCCAUCCACGAAAUCCACGACCACUACGAAAGGGUACAGCGAUCCCUCCGUUGGACGCUGAUCCAACAACGAUAGGAUACACCAGUGCCACUCAAACAGAUGGGCUCCAUCAAGGCUCUGUGUCAAGUUUACAUCUGUCUCUGCAUAUGGAAGAGAGUUCCGUGAAAAGCAAGACGUUCCACAAGGACGGGGCAUUGCAGGAGUUCAGCAGUCCAGGCCCUUCACGCCUUUCUGGCCUCCAUGAGGUAUCCACAACACAUUCACGACCACGAGGAUACAUGGAUGAUGCUCACUCUGUUAAUACAACGCGCACGCGAUCCAUGAGGCAUUUGACGCCUGGUAUGCCUUAUUCCCAAUAUGCAUCCGAUAGUCGUGUUUCGGUGGGCUCCUUGACACGAUCGAUUGCUGGUUCGGAAGUCCGACAAGCCGCAUAUCGAACACACACAGGACCUGUCUAUUCUCGUCCGAUUAGCGUCUCUAGUGUCGUGGAUGUACAUCAUGUACACCACGGAUCCCCGAAUACGGGUUCUAUUCCAUUGGAUUCGUCUGCCCAGGCUGUGCCGUUAUCAGAUCACGGUUUCGAUCAUCAUGUGCAUUACACCGCUCCCCCCGGCAGCAAUGAGCUACCGGGCCAAGAGGUCGUCAUGGUCUAUGACGGCCCACCGACAUGCCCUAUAGUUACAGAUAAUGUCAGGAGAGCUGACCUUUCCAAAGGAACCUUAACGUCACCAACAACUACUGUCCGUGCCAUGACAAUGGGUCCGCAUGAAAUGAAUGUGCCGCAAGGAUGGACCGCGUUCGUGCAUCCGGAAGGUGUCCGUUAUUUUGUGAACCAAGAAACAAGAACAUUCACAGAAAUGAAUGUUUGUGAGCCAGACAUAUGCGACGACAUUGAAUACUUCAUGCAAUAUUUGCUGGGUGAACUCGAGCAGACCAUCGGGGAAGGGGGCCUCUCGCUGAUGAAGGAGGUGGACCUUGUGGUCGAGCCCAAGUGCUUCGAUGGCGAGUCUGUCGUCUGUUGCUAUUAUUUCGCCAAUCACCGCGACCGAUGCCUCUUUUGGUUGGAUGACUUCAAUCCCGAACAUAUUAUCUCAGAAUGUAAAGGCAUCCGAAGCUCCUCGCAUUUGUGGUUUGCCAUUGAGGCACAAUAUUGGUGUGUUCCAGUAAAGGGUUCUUCUGCGGCAUUUGAUGUCAUUGAAAUCAAGGAUCAUCUUUCUGUUGUUGACAAAAUCAAGAUUCAUCCCACUCCCCCUUUGCCCACCACGCCCCAGAGUAUGCGACGAGGUCACGCUGCUAUUGUCAUUGGCCGCAUCAUGUACAUACUCACUCAUAAUCACUUCGUGAAUUAUCACGGUGAAGACUGCGUGAGGCUGAAUUUCGAACAAUCGGUCCACGGUUGGACAUAUAAACCAUCACCAUUGAUGUCCAAGAACUGCACAAAAUUUUUGUCGACUGAGGUUGCUCACACGGCACGGUGGAAUGCAUUCUGUUCAAACUUCAAAGGGCAGCUUCAGGACUCCAACCUCUUGGCCACUGUCUUACUCAAUGCCAACGUUGGGUUUCUCGCCAUCAACACUGUUGAUAGAGGCGGUAGAGAUGCCAUUCAGCUGGCAAGCUACAUGUCCUUGGUGACGAGCUUGGGGAGCAUAGUCCUCGGCCUAUUCUUUGUCUCGCAUAGUCGAACCUCUGGACAAAAUACAGCCAUGGAAGCGGCAGUAUUUUUGGGAAAACUUCACAACAGAAAACGCGGAUUGGAAAGGCUAGCUAUAAUUUAUAGCCUCCCCAAGGCAUUGCUGAUUAUGGCCUUCUUCUUUGCGGCAUUCUCGACCGAUUGGUGGACUUCUGGAGAUAUAACUUCCAGGACCAUCGUUGGUACUGUGACACUGGUCAUAUUGGUGAUGAUUUCGAACAGCAUCAUUCUCACCAGGGAAGGAGCAAAAUGGUCGUGGCGGCCAACCUGGCGGCCGUGUGGAGACGUCGUCCAGGGAUUGUCGUCUCGUCUGGCUGACGCUUGGAAGCAACUCAUGCAGCUCGGCCAAACAGACCCUACGGACAACCCUCGAACCCAUACUGACGCGGUUGACCUUGGUACUUUCGUUGACUUCUCUGCUGAGGCGGAUGCUCAAAUGCGCGGCACCUCUCGUAUUACAACUUUACCUAGUUCAGAAAUACCGGGCUCAGACAACCAUGGAAAUCACCCCAACUCCCUUAGCCCCCCGGUUCGGCCACCCCACCCCACCGCUUCCGUAGAUGCACCUCAGCAACCACAUGCUGGCAACUUUGUGCUGCCAUCAUCGGAUUCACGCACCAACCUAGGUGUUCUGUCAGGCGCAAGCUCUUUGCAACAGAUUCGAGAAAAUACCCAGAUGGUUUGCCAGGACCAGUCUACCACGGAGGCUCGCUGCGAACCUGGUUGUGCCCCCUUGUGCGUGCACUUUGACACAUUGCCAAGCUCUGCAUCAGAAGGGAUGGUUGGGACAGCGGCUAAUGCACUACGGCAUUCUGAUGCUCUCCCAACCACGGCCACCAUCCUGUCCAAGCAUGUAUUACAAAGUGCAGCGGUAGCCACCGACACGGGCGCACCCACAUUGCCUAGUUCGUUUGGUACAGAAGAAAGGGAGGGUGUGACAUACACCAAGAAUGUGGUCGAAGAGCCAUGGGAACUCGAACACGCUUCGCCGAGCACAAUGCCACCUCCAAGAAUCUAUGCUAGAAGCGCCACUGGUGACCAUUUCCAUCAUGCACCAGGGGCUCCGCAGGCGACGCUACUUGAAACCGGCCACGAAAUAGUAGAGGAGUAG